CCCAGUAAAGUGCGUAGAGUGCGCAGAGUGCGUAAAGUGCGGAAAGUACGUACCUAGGUAGGUACUCUCGUAACCCAGAUCGCAUGCUGCCCAUUCCUUUCCUACAUCCACAAUCUCCAUCAAAUCAAUCCACACAAAAGUCACGUCUGCCUUUGUACCGUACACCAAACACCACCACACUACAACACACUACACACACGCACACUCACACACUGCACACACUACACACUACACGAGACGCUACGGUAUAGUACAGUAUACCAAGACCAGGCUCUUUGCAUACGCAUCCUUACAUCCAAUCCAUAUUAUAUCACAUCAAAUAUAUUCCUUAACCGUUUCUGCCAACUGCAGAUUCCGUCAUAGCCCGAAAAAGUUCGCGAGAGACAGGGCUUACCAAACGCGGAACACGGGACACGGGAACAAGUAAAUAGCUCUAGGCCAUAAUUCUGGGGACCCGCGACAGGGCAGGAUUGACGCAUUUCGUCUGCAGCUAAGCCGCUCUUCAGAGUUGCAAGCCCUACCUUUGCAACGUGUCAGAGGCAGGGACACAUCAUCUCUACCUUGUAACCAGCUGUGUGCGAGCUGGCAGUCCAAGAAAAUUUUACAAAAGCUACCACCCGCUGCAGGUAGCCAAAUAUGUCGGACUCCCCUCAAUCGCCUCCAAAGGAUGUCGAGCCAGGUGUACAAUCACCCGACGAUGAAGCACAGAUGAACGACCCUCAGGACCCACACGGCUCUGGCCUCGCCUAUGAGUUCGAGGUAAAAGAGCAGGACAGGUGGUUGCCCAUAGCCAAUGUUGCCCGUAUCAUGAAGACUGCCUUGCCCGAGAACGCCAAGAUCGCUAAGGAGGCAAAGGAAUGCAUGCAAGAGUGCGUGAGCGAGUUCAUCUCCUUCAUCACGAGCGAAGCAUCGGAGAAGUGCCAUCAGGAGAAGAGGAAAACUGUCAACGGCGAAGAUAUCCUCUUUGCCAUGACCUCUCUCGGCUUCGAGAACUAUGCGGAAGCACUGAAGAUUUACCUGUCAAAAUACCGAGAAUCUCAGUCAAACCGAGGUGAAAACCAACAGAACAGGCCGAACAGCCAGGGUUACGGAGCAGGUGCCCCCAGCGGAUCUGGUGCUGCGGGAGGCUCUGGUUUUCAGGGAGGUGAUGGGACCGGCGGUAUCGGUGAAUCGGGCGAAGGCUACAUCUACACCCAGCCUAGUCACAACGGCGCGGCCGGCGAGACCUAUUAAGUCUCGCGCUUAGCGUCCGUAGAUGGCAUAGGCAUGGGUAGGUUAAUAUCGCCAACCUGAUCUCGAUGAUGGAUCUUGGGGUUUUCAUGAGGCGAUUUAUGCCCCCUUCGAGUGUGUAUAACUAUUGGGAUUUUGAGGGCUCCAGCACACUACUCUCGGGAUAGGGAUCUUCUGCCCCUGUAUAUGAUGGGCUCAUUAUGGAUAGGUAGUGAUGGAUGAGGCUGCGCGUAAAAAGGGUUACUGGUUCUGCACUUCUUCUCUUCGAUAGAUUCCCCGAGGCGUUCAUCCCCCGUAUUCGGUUCUCUGCGUUUCUCGGGAUCAGUCUUGAGAUUCUGCUUCAGCUUUAGUUCGACAGAUAUUCCAGCUUCCCGAGCAUCGGAGAACGGCCCGAUGCUUGGAGCAUUACAAGCUAUAUAGCACCGUUUCGUUUUAUUCACUUAUGAACCAAAUGAAAGAAGUAAAAAAUAUCUUUGCCAGACUAACUUAUGGAUCGUAACUGUGUAUACCGAACAUUUGGACGAAAAGGGAUGAAUGAUACUGUUCGGUACUUUAUUUUUAGGGGAUUUGAUUUCCAUUGUUUAUCGAGUUUAAUCGUUGUCCAUAAUGAUAGCCAUUGUUUUAAUUUUGGGAGUAUAAAUGAAGAU